AGUGCAACGUUCUGUGAAACAAGAGAAGAAGACACGGGGCAAACAUGGCUGCCUACAUGAGAAGCAUGAUAUGUCUUGUUUCCAUUGAGCGUAACGUUUUUCUACACUCAAGGGGAAGUGGUGUGAUUGUGGAAACCAAGCGGUAUGUACGUGGACUGAGGAGGAACCCAGUCCGAGUGUUGUUCCCUGAAAACGAGGCGGGUAAAGUCGUCAAGCCUCGGCCUCAGCCAGCAGGACGAGACGUCCACGGGGAGAAGGGGCAAAAAGUCAAAGCUGCAAUAAAGCAUCCUGAAGAAGAUUUUGUUAAAGCGAGGAGUAAUGUGCAGGCGACUACAACACAUGCCCAUGUUACAGGUACAAAGGAUCAAAUUGAUGGACUGCGCUUCGAGAGGGCUUUCCCUGGAGAUAAAAGACUGGGGAAGUUAGUUAGCAUCACUCGUUCCAGGACGUUUCGGGAGCACCAAGGUAAAAUCCUCCUGGAGGGCAGGCGUCUGAUCUGUGACGCCCUGAAUGCUGGAGCCAACCCACAUAUGGUGUUCUUCAGUACCGCAGACCGUCUCAGAGAGCUCCCCUUAGACAAGCUGAAAAGGGCCACGUUGGUCAAGGUCAAAUUUGAGGACAUCAAGAUAUGGUCUGACGUUGUGGCCCCACAAGGGGUUAUUGCAAUAUUUGCUCGUCCAGACCCGUUACGGUUGAACUUUGCUAACAAAGGUGACUCGGUGCCAUUGUCCUUGAUAUGCGACAACAUCCGAGACCCUGGUAACCUUGGCACUAUGUUGCGAUGUGCUGCUGCUGCUGGCUGCCAUGAUGUCCUCCUCACCAAAGGUUGUGUUGAUGCUUGGGAGCCUAAGGUUCUGCGUGCAGCAAUGGGCGCCCAUUUCCGCCUUCCCAUCUACCAGAGCUUGAGCUGGGACGAUAUGGAGAAGCACCUCCCGAAAUCUGUGACUGUGCAUGUGGCUGACAGCGGCGCUGACAGAAGUGAAGAAAUAAAGGAUUUACAAGUUAACGUGUCCCACAAGAAGCUCAAAGCAGGAGACUAUGGAUGGGUCAGCACUAAGUCUAACCGCAACAACGAUUCCUAUGAGGAAUACAAUUCUGACACGGACUCAGAUUGUGAGGAGGGGGCACAAUCACUUCCCACAGUGGACUCAAAGCGGUACCAUGAGAGCUGGGCUCAGAGUCCCACUGCUCUUGUGAUAGGCGGAGAGACACAUGGUCUGAGUGUAGAUGCAGUACAGCUGGCUGAGAAAACUUCCGGUCACAGGCUCUUUAUUCCUGUCGCUCCGGAUAUGGACAGCUUGAAUUCAGCCAUGGCUGCCAGUAUCCUUUUGUUUGAAGGCAGGAAACAGCUGUUAAAACUCACCUAGGCACUUGGAAGGAACCGACAUCUAAAGCCCAGCAGCAGUUUUCAUGACCGCUCUAAAUAUCAGUGUGUUACAUCUGGUGUCAAUUUGUCCUUGUUACUACAGACUGAGUUGAAUGAUCUAAUUUUACAUCUUCUCCUGCUAAUAAAAAACUGAAUUUUGUAUGCAAUGAA